AUGACGCCCGGGAUAUCCAGAGCCAGCUCACAAGUACACCUCAUACUUCCGAAACCAGCGAGAUAUACCAUGAAACGAUACAUACGUCGCUGGAUUGCCAAUACGUUCGGACCACCGCUGGUUACUAUAUCCUACCUGUUAAUUGCACGAUAUCAUCUGUGCGUCCCUCCUGUCAACGAUGUCAUCGACCCUCCUUCCAUUAGCGCAGGGGCCGUCUUCUUCGCAUGGUUGAUUCUCAGCAUCUUUGCAUUGGAUUGGGCGAAGUCAGCGCUGGCUGGUUUCGAAGCAUGGGCUCUGAUGGACCCCAGGUUUGCCCCUCGGACUGCCCUUCAAUUGAUGUGGCAUACCGACCGGGCAUGGGGAAGUGUCAGUGGUUGGCGUGAUGCUCUGUUGCUGCUCUAUACGGAACUCCGCUAUCGACUCGCCAAACCGCCUGCCAAAUUACCUUACAGAGGCCCAGCAGGACUCUGGUGGUUCCUGGCGUUCAGUAGUUUCCUCUUCUACGCUGCUGUCCCGCUCUCUAGUCUCACAAUGGAGAUGAAGCCAGCCUAUAAGAGGAACACUCAUCUCACUUACAUAGAUGGUCCUAACGAGGAUGACUUCGAUACCAGCAUCUCCAACGUCAUCGCCGAGCAAGCGAACAAUCGAUGGCGGUUAGGCAACCCGACCACUCCGAACAACGAGACAGUUUUAUACAGUCCUGUUGGUGUUGGAAGCGGGAGCGACGCAUACUACUGGCAUACCAUCCAGGAUGUCUACGCGAACGAUUCGGGCAAUGCUUCCAGUCCGGCACACGAGAUCAAGUUUUUCUCUGGCCCGGAGGUCUAUAGGCGUGUCCAUGGGAGUGCUUGGGGUUUACUCACAAGUCUGGAGUGCUCUAUCGUCAGACCGACCGACCAGAGACUCAAGUUGCUAAAGGUUCAUGAAAUUGAUAACUGGACUGCUCCCGGUCUCAAUUCUGGCGACUCUGGAAUUGGGUACUCCAAGCAAGGAGCGGGACUGACUCCCUCAUUGUUUAACGCGGGGACCUCGUUUGGGGUAUCUUAUGCAUUUCUGGUAGCCAGUGACUUGGCCGCCAUUGGCGGUAGUGACUAUUCGAAUGCUGCAACCUUCCCCACUAACGGCUCCUUCGAAAUUGUGCUUUGGCAGGCUUAUAGUCUUCCUUUUGUUGCUGACGGAGCAUACCACGCGCUCUGGCUACACCCUGCUGUCAUGUCAUCAGUAUGGGCGAACCGAAGCACAGAAUAUCUGGGUUUCGGCGUUAAGUGUUCGGUAGACUCUUCUACCGGAACGGCUGACCUGCAUGCUGAAAGACGAUCGUACUCCAACUUUACGCCGAAGGCAUCAACCCCGCAGAACAUCUCGCACGUGGAUGGGUUGAAUGCGUAUCCUGGCAUGAUGGCUCUGCAAAGCAUAGUUUUUGCCAGCUUCACCACGGUCGUUUUGAACGUUAAGGCCCCGCCCACUUGCGACAAUAGCAAUAAUUUGAGCUCUGUCACUUGUAACCCCUGGUAUGGUGCUAGCAUCGCUACCGGCGGAAUCCCGAUACUAGUCUAUGGCAGUGAGAAGGACCCCCACAUCCAGGUGCGGACCAUCUCGCCUGCAACUUUCAAGUUCGCUAUUCACAAACUCUUCGGUGAAGCCACCAUCGCUAUGAUGGCGCGCCGAGGCGAUCCAUAUGCUGCGUGGAACGCCGGAUAUCGCCGGCUCUACGGACUGGAUCAGACCACUGCUCUCGUCCCCGGCAAGGUUCCCUGGUCAAUCGUCUUGACACUCCUAAUCCUCUGGACCGCCGUGACCAGUAUUCCCAGUCUCUGGGUGUUCGACAGAAAGCGCUGGGCCGACACCCUAUCAGGAUUUGAUAUGUUCCGCUUCGGCGCAGAGUGGAAGGGAGCAGUAUGGCAGUUCGAAGAGAACGAGUUCGAGAAGUGUCCUAUUCUGCUUGAGGUACCUGGUAUGAUUGGAGACAUGGAAGCGAAUGUAAUGGAUACUGGGUUCAUUGGACUGAGCAAAGAUGAGGCCAAGAAGAAUGGUUCUUUCGUGUUUGCAAGAGAUGCGGUGGUUUGA